AAAUCACAUUGUUUUAGACAACAACAAACAUAAAAUAUUCCGAAUAUUCUCCAUUUCAUAUACUCAAAUUAUUUGUACGAUGGUCACCAAUCCAAACCCAAACUAUUCGACUCCGAAGGCGAGCUCCGUGAUUCUGGCCGGACUUGGAGUGGCUGCCGUGGGAUUCGCCGGAAAGCACCUGAUGCGCCGUAUGCCCCAGAUGACCACCAAAUUCAACGAGGCCCUGAAGAACCUGCCAAAAUUCGAUGCGGAGAGCAUGGCGGCGUCCAAAUACUACAAAGGCGGCUUUGAUCCCAAGAUGAACAAGCGGGAGGCCUCCCUCAUCCUGGGCGUCAGUCCCAGUGCGUCCAAGAUCAAGAUUAAGGACGCCCACAAAAAGAUCAUGUUGGUGAACCAUCCGGAUCGAGGGGGUUCUCCCUAUUUGGCGGCCAAGAUCAACGAGGCUAAAGACUUUCUAGACAAAGCCAAGUAGACCUUAAGUCCCGCCUUCAAGUGCAAAUAAAGUAGUUUGUGAUUAGCAUAAAGAUUACAAUGGCUGUAAUUUACUUCUCUGGUCGGUAAAGUCAAACAAUGACUUCAAAUUCUCAAGGAUGUAUAGCUUGAACAGGAAAUGAAAACUUUAAUAUUUGUAUGUACAUAUAUCAUUGAGUUGUUCUCAAUAUAAGUCAAUGAUUUUUUCUGGAGCCUUAUCAUAAGAAAGGUAUGAAAUCAACUUGGAGUAUUUUUGGGGUUAAUUUCAAAGUUGCAUGUUACAAAAAUUAGGUCAAAAAGGGGACUUUUUAAUAAAUAAUAAUGAAGUAA